GUACUAGGAGGCUGUCUUUCAGCAGCCCUCAGUAUUUAGUCCUGAGCACUCGCCUGGCUUGUCACCCUAGGACCUCCCCUGAGGUACCACUGCUGAGUACACACACCUCAGGAGUUUUCAGAGCAGCACUGGUAUUGAGCACACGCCCUCGUGUACCUUCGGAACAGCACUGUUGGACCCCUGCUCACAUCUGCACUUCUUUCAUGCUUCCGUGGACCCUUCCCUUUCUAUCCAGGACACUGCGUAAGGACUGCACGAAGGGACAGCAGUGUCCUGCAGAAUGAAGGCACUUGGAGCUAUGGUCCUGAUCCUGCUACUGUGUGGGCAGCCAGGCAGCAGCCAGGCACAGGAGGAAGAGGAGGAGGGUGACAGAGAUUCAGACAGCUACAGCUAUGAUGAUGAGGAGGAUGAGGAAGAAGAGACCAACAUGAUUCCUGGCAGCAGAGAUAGAGCACUGUCAUGCUAUACCUGUCCUUUGCUACACCACGGGGACAGCUGCAACCAGACAGAGAGAUGCUCCAGUAGUCAAGACUCCUGUGUCAUGCUUGUUAGCCACAGCAACACAGAUUCUGGUCCCCUGACUACCUACUCCAUGUGGUGUAAGGACUCCUGCCAACCCAUCACCAAGACCGUGAAGGGGACCCAGAUGACCAAAACCUGCUGCCACUCACCCAUGUGCAAUGCCCCACCCUGGCAACACCCCCAAAUCCAGGACCCACUGAAUGGCACAACAAGCAGUCCCCAGGACAGUAGAACCAGUCAUCCACAGGCUGGUGGGUCCCAUGCCCCACCAAGCUGCCCCCAAAAUGUGGGCACAGCCCUCCUACUCAACCUUCUCACUAGCCUUUGGGUGGUGGGGGCCUGAAGAACCCUCCCUGCCCCUGCUCACACUUGACAAGGCCAGCAUUCUGUCCAGCACUUCCGCUUACCCUAUCACCAGCUUCAGUGAAUAAAUUUGGAGUGUCUUUCAUAACCCA